AUGGCGAUGCGAGGCAAAAUUAGGGAAUCGACAAAAGUUAAAAGAUACUGGCCUGGAAAAGCCCCAGAGUGGGCAAACGAUCGUGAUACCUGCUCCUCCGACGAAGAAGGGAUUACCAUCUUGUACAAAUCCUUCUCAACUCGUGAUGAUGAUCCAAGACUACGUCGUUUGGCCGAGAGGAGGAGUGUAAAGAGGCGCAUCCGCGGUGCCAAGAUUGUUGACACAACUGAAGAGGAGGAGGAGGAGGAAGAAGAAGAGGACGCAGAGACUUUGGAGGAAAGAAGAAGAAGGAUUAAGGAGAGGUUGCUUCGUCAGAGGGAGCAGGAACAACAACAAGAGGAGUUUGAGACUGAUGACUACUACUCGGAAGAUGAAUCCGAUGAGGACUACGAAGAAGAAGAAGAAGAGGAGGAGGAUGAGAUUGCUGGUGAAGUAGUUACAGUGAAGCCUGUAUUUUUGUCCAAGUCCACAAGAGACACGAUAGUUGAACGUAAGAGACUUGAGGAGGCCGAAGAGCAGGCCCUGGAAGCGAGGAGAAGGGAGCUGGAGGAGAGGAAGAAAGAGACAAGGAGAAUGGUGCUCGAAGAGAUUCGGAAAGACGAAGAGAUUCACAAGGGUUUGAUGAAUCAGGAUUCGGCAAAUGAUGAUGUUGACACUGACAAUGAUCCUGAGGAGGAUACUAAAGCAGCUUGGAAGGCAAGAGAGAGGGCCAGGCUCAAGAAGGAGAGGGCAGCAAGGGAAGCAGUCAUUUUGAAGGAGAGAAGAUGA